GUGUGCCAGGUGGGGGUGUGUAAACAAACAUGGCGGACACAGAGAGCACCUGCACCUCUGUGGACGACCGCACCGAGGACCUUGUGUCGCCCACCAGAGACGCCCUUGUCGACGGUAUUGUAGGACUCCUCAAGCCUUGUCUAGAUCAAUUAGAUGACAGGGUUCGUGCCACCAGGGUGAGUCAGAGUGAGCUUCACCAGCAGCUAGAAGGACUGGCAGCAGAGUUGGCUCGAGUGCAGGAGCAGACCAGGUGUCCGUUACAGCUGGAUGCCUACAUUAAGAAGCUCCAGAAUGCUAAAAGAAGAGUUGUUGUAGUUAAUAACAUCCUUCAAAACACACAGGACCGUCUCAACAAGUUACACACUCAAGUAAACAAGGAAAACGCACGCCGUCGCGCUCUGCUAGAAACUACCUCACCCUCGUCAACAACACCUUCCACCUCUCUUCAUGCUCCAUAAUUGAUACUUAGAGGAUUUG